CAGCUACGACCUCUUCACAGCUGCAACCAACCGGAUUCAGCCGAGCGCUAUUUGAAUCCCGCUGGGGGGCGUCGCUCUGCUGCAGGUGUUGGCUGCGAGGGUCAAACAAACCGCUGACUCUGAAGAUCUGGUGAGUUAACGCGCCGUGAUGUCGUCUGUGGAAGUGGUUACGCAGCAGCUCCCGGCCGCGGAGAAUCCUCUGAGGAUGGGUAAAGGCGCUGCCGCGGAUCCCAGCAGAGCGGCUCUGGGAGAAAUUACCAACCGGAAGGCAGCUGCAGCCGCGAACAGGAACGUGGGACCAUCAAAAAAACAACCUAAGCCCUCCUGUGCUCAGAAACUCGGGCCCGUUCAGCUGGUGGCUCCUCUGGUCCAGACCAGUGCCGCUGACCCAGCUCCCAUCUUGACGUCUAUGAAAGCGGAGCAGGGGCUCUCCCAGGCUUUCUCUGAGGUGCUCAUGCUGGCUGUCCAGGACGUGGACGAGCAGGACGCAGACCAGCCUCAGCUCUGCGCCCAGUAUGUCAAGGAUAUCUACAAGUAUCUGCAUGUCCUGGAGGAGCAGCAGGCUAUACGUGCCAACUACAUGCAAGGCUACAGUGUCACUGAGCACAUGAGGGCAGUCCUCGUUGAUUGGCUUGUCCAAGUCCACUCCAGGUUCCAGCUGCUGCAGGAGACCCUGUACCUCACUGUGGCCAUCCUGGACCGCUUCCUGCAGGUCCAUCCGGUGAGUCGUCGGAAGCUGCAGCUCGUUGGCGUCACAGCCAUGCUGGUGGCUUGCAAGUAUGAGGAGAUGUAUUCUCCUCAAGUUGCGGACUUUGCCUACAUCACAGACAACGCCUUCACAAAGUUCCAGAUUGUGAAGAUGGAGCAGGUGAUCCUCAUGAGCCUUGGCUUCCAGCUGGGACGCCCCCUCCCACUCCACUUCCUCAGGCGAGCCUCCAAGGUGGCCAGUGCUGACAUGGAGAAGCACACUCUGGCAAAGUACCUGCUGGAGCUGACCCUCCUGGACUACCACAUGGUACACUACCGGCCCUCGGAGGUCGCUGCUGCAGCGCUGUGUCUCUCUCAGCUGCUGCUCAAUGGGCUGCCAUGGUCGCUCGAGCAGCAGCACUACUCCAACUAUGAUGAACAGCACCUCAAACCCAUCAUGCAGCUCAUGGCCAAGAAUGUUGUGCUGGUGAAUGAGGGUAGAUCAAAGUUCCUGGCAGUGAAGAAGAAAUACUCCAGCAGCAAACUGAUGAAGAUCAGCCUCAUUCCUCAGCUCAACUCUUCAACAAUAAAGAUGAUGGCAGAGGCUCUGCAGAAUCCAUAAAACAAGAUGUGGAUGCCGUGGACUUUAAUUGCACUUUAUUUAAAUUUUUAGGACACUCAAGUAAUAUCUGCUGUUAUUGAGCAGCAGGUGGUGCUACAGACUUGUAUUAAUUUAUUGUAUUUCAAUAAAAUGUUUUUUGAUUUUUAAA